ACAUCUACUGAUUUCUACUAUUCUAAUCUUUGUACUAGUGUGCCGUGAAAAUUGCUACGUCAAAUUGUGACAUCAAAUAUUUAUACCUACAAUCUACAAUCUACAUCCUAACUUCAAAUUUGUUACUUGACGUGUUGAUUGAGGGACGGACGUUUCCUAAAAUAAUUACUAAGUUAUAGAAAAUGGAUUAUUUUAAAGUGAAAAAAAAUAAGGUGCUAUUAUGUAUUUUACUGUUAUUUGUGCUACACGAUGGACAAACAUUAGCAGAUACUUUUAUAUAUGAUGUACAACCUAUAAGACCUGGAGUGAAAGGGGCCAUAGAUCUAGUUCUUAUUGAGCAUGACAGAUAUCGCCGUGAUGCACCUAUCCCUGAACACCUUGGAAAUGUGAAUUCUACUUAUUUGACCAUUAAUACUACCACUACGGCCACUGUGGCAAACACUACAUUAGCAUCUACAACAGAGACAGUACCAGAAGUUAAUAAAACAACUGAACAACCAGCACAUACUGCAGUUGUUACUGUCACACCGCCAUUAUCUAGUUUUAAUGUUAGUGCCGACGAUGAUAUUAGUGACAUAUUCAAAGAAACUCCAGAGACAAUCAAGGCCAAAGAAAAUUUAUCAAAUUUGACUUUCGAUAGCCAUAGUUUUUACAACAGUACGUUUCUGGGAAAUGUUGAGCUGUUCAAUGAGCUUUGGAGUAAUAUUACGAAGGACAAGGCGGAAGUACACGAUAUCCUGAGCCACUCGCAUCGCCGUGCUACUACUAUACGCUUAAGUUUUGACUUUCCGUUCUACGGGCACAAUGUGACAAAUAUAACAGUGGCCACUGGUGGGUUCAUUUACAUUGGGGAGCAUGUCCACAACUGGCUAGCGGCCACGCAGUACAUAGCGCCCCUUAUGGCUAACUUCGACACUACACUUUCAAACGACAGCUUGGUGAAGCACUUUGACGAUGGUGAAAAGUUUAUUGUGUUUUGGGAAAACGUAACGCUUCAAGAAGACCCAAACAAAAAGUUUACGUUUGCAGUCAUAUUGUAUAAAAAUGGAGAUAUAACAUUCGCAUACAAGGAUAUACCAACGCCGGUUCAAUCCAUAAACGACAAUGAGCACCCAGUUAAGGUUGGAAUUAGUGACGCCUACCUCACCGACAGAAACUUCUUGCAUCUAAGGCGCAAAACAAUCUAUGAGUACCAUCGCGUUUCGUUCAAGAACUACGAAAUAGCGAACAAAACAAUCCUGAAACUGAUCGCUUUACCAACCUGCCUUCAAUACGAUACGUGCGAGAGUUGCGUGAACCACGACACCAACUUCAACUGUUCUUGGUGCGAGGUACUACAAAAGUGCUCAAGUAGAACCGAUAAACAUAAACAAGACUGGAUAUUGAGACAUUGUGACCAGAAUGCGUCAACCCAAGAGAGCACGUGCCCUGCUCCCGGCACACGCUUGGCUGUUCCCACUGACACCGACAACACGGCCUAUACGACUGACACGCACAACGGGACAAAUAUGACUGACAACGUCGUCAAAGCCAAGACAAACGCUAUCAACGCUAAUCUAGACUCAAACACCCACUCUCCAGCUAGUGGUGUGAUUGUUGCCUUCGUGGUUAUCACAAUAGUGUGCAGUCUGGCGGCUUGGGUUUUGUACGCGUUCAAAAAUCCGCACACGCAUAGCGGCCAAUUCCUUAUAAAGUACCGUCCCUCGCAAUGGAGCUGGAGACGAGGUGAGGCAAGAUACACGGCUGCCACCAUACACAUGUAACUGAAUGUAUCGAGCCGUUUUAUACAACUAACAAUUGUUUAAUUAAUGUUCUUCAGAUUUUUUGAUCAAUAUUAUUGCACUUAUACUUAUAAGGUUCUAAAUGUACAAAUUGCGUAGACGAUUAUCACAACCAAAGAGUUUAAUGAUAAAUGGUUAUGGGGCCCACAAGAAAUGAAUUAUAUUUUUACACAUCAUUUUGAAGCGAAGGUAACUUUAACCGUUUUGGUGGACUGCAUAAGCAUAUCAUUAAAAUAUACUCCAAGAUCUACUAUAGAAAUGAGCUGAUUCGGUUCAACCCAUGGAGAAAUUAUGGAGGGACGGCACGGGAAUACAAAUUUUUUGUCUAGCAAUAGAAGCUUUUUAAGCAUACUCUGCGCACUGCGAAGAAUAACUAUAAUGCGAAUAUUUAGUUUUAUCGUUAAUUUAUUCAUUUCAGUUGUCUGUCCCUAAAUAUUUUGUGUCCAUCAUGGGCAUGUGUGACUGUACAUAAUAUACACUAUUUUAUCUACCCACACAUCAUAAGCGUCCGAGAUGUCGUCCAUUCAGGAGCCACAUAUUAUACCACCAUAUUUUAACCGGUAGUGAAAAGUUUUCUGGCAGGUGUUAUAGUUUUUUUUUAAUUCAGAGACAAAGUAGUGUUGGCUCCAACUAUCAUAUCGUUAGAUAUAUUACUUACGUGCAAUAUUUAUCAAAUUUGUUUGCAAAUUGACAUUUCAUUUUGAACUAAAACGUCAUCUCGACUGAUAUUAGAAUAGAUAAUAGAGUUCAAUUCAAAUUUUUCAGAGAUGUUCGAAAUUUGAAUGAAAUAAUAAUAUCGAAAUCAGUGUUAUUUAAUUGCUUAAUAGCAAUAUUAACUUUCUUACAGAUAAGAAAUUUGUUCUAACAAAACAGUCUAUUUUUAUGGUGGUCGUAUUGUGCGGUUAGCACAUCAUGGAGGACUUAUGAUAUUUGUGUAUAUAGGUAACUUUUAAUUGUAAAAUGCUAUUUGUUCGAAAACCUUAAUUACGUUCUAUUCAAAAUUUAAUGUAGAACUGUGCAAUCGAUAUGUUUAUGCAUGAAUAUAUCAAAAUAUUACUAUUAAUACAGGGUUAUUUUCUUAGAGAAAGGGCAUAAAAAGCUUAUUACAAAAAUUUAAAAAUAAUACUCAUUUAUUUAAAAUAAUAUUAUAUCUAUACACUAUCAUAUACUAACCUCGGGUUGGGUGAGAUAUUCUUAGUGUUUGAGUUUCCAUUAUCAUCAAUAUGAUUGAAGAUUGAAAGGGUAUAUUCGUUCUUAGUCCAUCUCUCCACAAUAUCUCCACAGGAACCAACACACUAUCAAUAAUAUUGAUCGAUUUAACUAAACAGUUGCCGUCCGCAUAUCGCCUUAGCACGAAAUUUAUUAAAGUUUUAUAUAGUUCGUACUUUCUUAGCAGAUUUUUCUCAGAAUUCAAAUGUAAUCGAAUCUCGGUUGUUAUAGUAACUAUAUUAGUCGAUACUUAUUUAAUUACGUUCAGUUUGACGCACAUAUGUUGGUCCUCAGGUGGACAGAAAGUUUUAAUUAAAUACAUUUAUUAAAAUAGUAAUGAUUGGUACAUUAGGGCACAUCGUAGAUUUAAUUUGUACUCUUUCAUAUUUUCGAUUUCUUUACCUUAGAUGUAUAACUUAGUUUCUACUUUCAAAGAGCAGCUAUUUUUCUAUUCAAAUUCAGUUUUACAGGGAUAUACUAUAUAAUUUGUUACCAAAUUUAAUCUAUUCCUUCUUUGACGUGGAUAACGUUUGGUGCUAUUUUUAUCUUCACAUUUAACACGAUGAACUUAAACCAUUUAAGCAGAAACACGUAAGACGAUUUAACAGAAAGAAAAUGUUAGAACUUAUUAUUAUGAUUCAUGUUUCAGAAAUUCUUCAUUCUUGUGUUAAAUAAUAAUUCUAUUUUAUAACGUAUAUAUUUUAUUUGGCAAUAUGUAGUUACAACUAACUAAGUUUAGUUUAUAAAAAGACUGGGUCUUUUUAUUGCAAAUGAAUUGACAGUUUUUAUAUGCGUCGUUUUAUAUUUAAUUUAAAUAUGUCUAUACAAAUUAUAGGAAUUAUGUAAUAAUAUUUGUACGAUUAUAUCAGUGGUUAUUUGCCUUAAAUAUUGUAUUAUCUAUUUUCAUUAUCAUAGUUAGUAACGGCUUACUUAUGGGCGGGUUUUUCGUCAAUUUUAAAUCAGAAUAUUUCGCUAGAUAAUUAACUCCUACUUUCAUUUUAAAUUGCAAUAAAAAAUACUAAUUCUCAAAUAGAAUUAAUAAUUAUAAAUUAAUAAAAGUAACUGAUAGGUAGUUUCAGGAAGUUUGUAUAGUUCGUGACAAAAUCCUUGCGUGCUUAGCUCCGUUUGCUUUUCACGUAUAUUUAAUUAAGAUUUUGUGCAACCCGCCCGUUAAUAAGUUAAGUAGAUAGGUUGUAUUUUCUUUUUAAAUUUAAACGAAUUGGACUAAAGUAGCUAAUUAAAAGCUUAAAAACACGAAUUUUAUUCACGCUAGUGCCUACGAGUUUCAUGAGACAUCUAAACACUUCCGUCCAAAAUUGAGACUUACAGUUAUGCAUUUACGAUAUGUUUUAAAUUGAUCAUUCAUGUCAAAUACUCGUUGCCCGGAGUGUCGUAAAACAUUGGUGGGCUAGCGAUUGACGCGACAGAAGGCAUUACGUCAUUACUCAUUAUGUUCACUUAGUUGCGUUUUUUUACGCAACUCGCAAUAGGUGUCCACAUUCCAGAGAUUACAAAUCGGCCAUAUGAUGGCAUAUACACACAUUGAAUGAAUGAUGAAAGUUUGCAAUAUGUGGUUUAUUUGGCUAAUUGUCUUGUGAAACUCUCGAGUGCACCUAGUGCACGAUUAGAUUUGGUUUAGUUAUAAUAGUUAUUAGACCAGUUAUAUCGAAAAACGGUGGAUAGUUUAGAUAUUUUAUUUUGUAAUCAACAGUAAGAGUGAUAUUAUACGUGUAAAAUAUGUUAUGAUAAAGUUGCAAAAUAAAAAUGGUAUUUCACUAA